AUGGAGCUUCCUUUGUUUGCAGUGCUUCAAAGAACACCACGAGUUAUACUUACAUUAUCACUUAUUCUAUUCUCCCUAACAAUUGUCCCUGCUUUAUAUUCUCUCCUAGCAAACCCAAUCUUAACUCUAUCAGUCUCAUCCUCCGAGACUAAUGGUCCCCCUCCAUCGGAUGAUAUGCAUCUCAGUCAUCUGAAUUCAUCCCCAGUCGCUACGUCAACAUCAAGGACGCAGAUCAGAGAUGAGAAUGAGCAGAGGUGUGAUCUUUUCAAAGGGGAAUGGAUACCAAACGAAGAAGCUCCAUACUAUAACAACACGACUUGCUGGGCGAUACAGGAGCACCAGAACUGCAUGAAGUUUGGGAGACCAGACACCGGGUUCCUGAGAUGGAGGUGGAAGCCUGACGACUGCGACCUCCCCAUCUUUGAUCCUCGAGAGUUCUUAGAAAUGGUUAGAGGCAAAUCCAUGGGGUUUGUUGGUGAUUCCAUUAGCAGAAACCAAGCUCAGUCUCUCAUAUGCCUUCUCUCUAGGGUGGAAUAUCCUGAAGACAUUUCCUCUUCACCAGAUAAAGCUUUCAAAGUAUGGAACUACACAUCCUAUAACUUCACUCUACACGCCAUGUGGUCACCAUUUCUAGUGAAAACUACUAAAGCUGACCCUACAGACCCGGACUGUAACCUCUUCAGCCUAUACUUGGACGAGUAUGACACCACGUGGACGAGCCAGAUCAACCAGCUUGACUACCUGGUUAUAUCAUCAGGCCACUGGUUUUACCGGCCUGUUAUUUUCUACGAAAAUGAAACUAUCUCCGGAUGCCAAUACUGUGCGUUACCAAACACAACUCAGCUGCCUCUUUACUAUGGAUACAGGAAGGCUUUAAGAACAUCUCUAAGAGCUAUACUCGAAAAUUUCAAGGGUUUGGCAAUAUUGAGGAGUUUUUCUCCUCAACAUUUUGAAGGUGGACCUUGGGACAAAGGUGGGGACUGUGUAAGGACACGACCUUAUAGAAGAAACGAGACGAUACCAGAAGGUGCAGAUCUCAAGAUUCACGACAUUCAACUAGAGGAAUUUAGAGCUGCAGAAGAAGAGAUGAAGAAGAAGGGUUUGAAACUGAGGUUGAUGGACACGACACAAGCAAUGCUACUUCGACCAGAUGGGCAUCCUGGGAGAUAUGGCCAUUUGCAGACUGCAGAGUUGAGUUUAAGAAAUGAUUGUAUUCAUUGGUGCCUCCCGGGACCAAUUGAUUCUUGGAAUGAUAUUUUGCUGCAAAUGAUGAAGACAGAAAAGUAA